UCCAAAUCCACUUCUCUGCUCCGUGCAACACACACACAUUGUACACACACGGGCAGGCAAGCUAGCAGCAUCGAUCGUGGCUCCUUUAAGAAAAACUCAGCCAGAAAUAUCACCCCACCUCCUCUCGAUCUCAUUUAGAGGCUAUUGCAUAAAAAAAUCUGCUCAGGAGCUGAGAGUGAUCAAAGAAACGGAGAGCUUGAUUUUUGUAUGCAUUUGAGUAUUAACAUUUAAGGUGUCCCAACCAGUGGAAGCGCACGGCGGAUCAUCAUUCAUUCAGUACUUUGACAACCUCGCCUUUGAUUGACAGCCGGAGUGGCAAAAAGCCAUGAGACUCGCUAGUUUUGUUUGAGGGGCAUUUUUUACACUGAUUUGGAAAAGAAGAUUUGUUCUCUCCUCGGUGCUGUGCUGGGAAAAAAGAAGGAGCUAUUUUCUGCGCUAUUUGUGCUUUACCUUUAGCUGAACUUGAGCUGAAGGUCUGGCUUGUUCGUCCUCUUGAAGGAGACAUAAGGAUUUUUUAAUCUAGCCUUUGGAGUUUGCGUGUUUAUUUCCCUUCACGCUGGCCUCCUAGGAGAUAUAUUUGAAGUUAAGGAAGAAGAGGGGGAGAGGCAGGCCGAUGGCGCAAAGGUACGAAGAUUUACCCCAUUAUGGAAUGGACGGAGUAGGGAUUCCUGCCACCAUGUACGGGGAUCCUCACGCGGCCAGAUCUAUGCAGGCUGUUCACCUGAAUCACGGUCCCCAGCUACACUCUCACCAGUACCCGCACACGGCGCACGCCAAUCCCAUGCCCCCGAGCAUGGGCUCUUCGGUCAACGAUGCUUUAAAAAGAGAUAAAGAUGCCAUAUACGGGCACCCACUGUUUCCUCUUUUAGCACUGAUUUUUGAGAAAUGUGAAUUAGCCACUUGUACGCCAAGGGAACCCGGAGUUGCAGGAGGCGACGUCUGUUCGUCAGAGUCUUUCAAUGAAGACAUAGCAGUAUUUGCAAAACAGAUUCGGGCAGAAAAACCUUUAUUUUCGUCAAAUCCAGAACUGGAUAAUUUGAUGAUUCAAGCCAUUCAAGUAUUAAGGUUUCAUCUACUGGAAUUAGAGAAGGUACACGAACUGUGUGACAAUUUCUGCCAUCGGUAUAUUAGCUGCUUGAAAGGAAAGAUGCCCAUCGACUUGGUUAUAGAUGACAGAGAAGGCGGAUCAAAAUCAGAUAGUGAAGAAAUCACGAGAUCGUCGGGGAAUCUUGAUCAGACUUCAUGGAACAGAGAUCAUGAUGACACAGCAUCAACUCGUUCAGGUGGGACACCAGGCCCCUCGAGUGGGGGACACACGUCACACAGCGGGGACAAUAGCAGCGAACAAGGUGAUGGCUUGGACAACAGUGUGGCUUCACCCAGCACAGGAGAUGAUGAUGACCCCGACAAGGAGAAAAAGCGCAAUAAAAAGCGAGGGAUCUUUCCAAAAGUAGCAACAAACAUCAUGAGGGCGUGGUUAUUCCAGCACCUGACACACCCCUACCCCUCAGAAGAACAGAAGAAGCAGUUGGCACAAGAUACAGGGCUCACUAUACUACAAGUGAACAACUGGUUCAUUAAUGCAAGAAGGAGAAUAGUGCAACCCAUGAUAGAUCAGUCCAAUCGAGCAGGCAAGUCCCCAAUAGUAACUGUAUUCAAGUCUCGCAGGCGAAAAUCAUCCUCAAGCCAUUCACCGGGAGGUCUCCUACCUGUAAGUCAAGGAGCUCCAUACAAUCCAGACGGGCAGCCAAUGGGAGGGUUUGUCAUGGACGGCCAACAGCACAUGGGAAUUAGACCACCUGGGCUACAAGGCAUGCCAGGCGAUUUCGUGUCUCAUGGUGGUCCAAUGGGCAUGAGUAUGGGACAGUCAGGCUACACUCCCCCUCAGAUGCCCCCACAUUCUGCUCAGCUACGACAUCGACCUCCCAUGCAUUCCUACAUUCCUGGACAUCCCCAUCACCCAGCAAUGAUGAUGCAUGGAGGACCACCACACCCUGGAAUGCCAAUGUCUGCAUCUAGCCCCCCAAUGCUUAACCCAGGAGACCCUACAAUGGGUGGACAAGUCAUGGACAUCCAUGCCCAGUAGUUUUAAGGGACUUUUUUAUUAUUAUUAAAACAAAACAGUUUCUGCUACAGUGGCAUCUUUCGUAUAUUGACUUCAUUCUUGCAGUGACUAAGGAGCUCCAUUCUUGGCAUCAGAUUUGGACCAAGGAGAAGCCAAUGUUUGUUUUUUUUUACUCCCUGGGACCCUUUACACAGGAAGUGCCCUGGAAAAAAAAA